GUCUGACUGCCUACGACGAAACUCCACUAUUUUAUAUAUAUAUAUAUAUAUAUAUAUAUAUAUAUAGAGUCUAUAGACACACAUAAUCACACCAUUUGAUUCAUUAUUCCACUUAUCUAUUCCCCCAUUAGCUAGCUUCAGUCUUUCUGACAAUGGCGCACGAGGUAGUUCUACUGGAUUUCUGGCCAAGCAUGUUUGGAAUGAGGGUGAGGGUUGCGCUGGCUGAGAAGGGUAUCAAGUAUGAGUACAAGGAGGAGGACUUGAGGAACAAGAGCCCUCUGCUUCUGAAGAUGAACCCCAUUCACAAGAAGAUCCCAGUUCUCAUCCACAAUGGCAAACCAGUAUGUGAGUCUCUGUUCAUCGUUCAGUACAUUGACGAGGUGUGGAAAGACAAGAAUCCAUUUUUGCCCUCUGAUCCUUACCACAAAGCUCGUUCCAGAUUCUGGGCUGAUUUUAUUGAGCAGAAGGUGUAUGACACUGCAAGGAAGAUAUGGGCCACCAAAGGAGAGGAGCAAGAGGUAGCGAAGAAGGAAUUCAUUGAAACUUUCAAGAUAUUAGAGGGAGAGCUUGGUGAAAAGCCUUUCUUUGGGGGUGAAACAUUUGGCUUUGUUGACAUUGCUCUAAUCACUUUCUACAGUUGGUUUUAUACCUAUGAGACCUUCGGCAAUUUUAGCAUAGAGGCUGAGUGCCCCAAGAUUAUUGCAUGGGCUAAGAGGUGCAUGCAGAAGGAGAGUGUUGCGAAUUCUCUUCCUGACCAAAAGAAGAUUUAUGAGUUUACUGUUUGGAUGAAAAAAUAUUUUGGCAUGGACUAGGAUAGGUUUGGCCAAGUGCAAUAGUGGUAGCAAUAUUACCAUAGUUUUGGAAUUGUGUUGGUUUACAGUUUCCAGUAUUUGAAUUGGGGCUUGUGUCAUCAAUGUACGUGAACUGCUUGUUAGAGACACUUUGGUGUGACUACUACUGAACUUCAGAUUAAAAUGGCAUGCAUUGUAUCACAUUUAUGGUAAUAAAAUAAGACAAGACACUUUGAUGUGCCCGCUAAA